CCACGUGACCGGAGCCCGUGUCCAACAUGGCGGCCUCCACGGACCGCUGGCUUCUCUUCCUGCUUGCGCUGCUCGGCAUCCUCGGGGAGGCGUCCGGCGGCCUCGGCUCGGGGGCCUCCCGCGACGACGAUCUGCUGCUGCCCUACCCCCGCGCGCGCGCACGGCGGCCCCGGGACUGCACGCGGGUGCGCGCCGGCAGCCGCGAGCACGAGAGCUGGGCCCCGCCCCUUGCGACCCCCGUCGCCGGCGGCCUGGCCGUGCGCACCUUCGUGUCGCACUUCGGGGAGCGCGCGGUGGCCGGCCACCUGACGCGGGCCGCGGCGCCCCUGCGCGCCUUCUCGGUGCUGGAGCCCGGCGGGCCCGGCGGCUGCGCGGCUAGGCGCCGAGCCACGGUGGAGGAGACUGUGCGGGCGGCCGGCUGCCGCGUCGCCCAGAACGGUGGCUUCUUCCGCAUGGACACGGGCGAGUGCCUGGGGAACGUGGUGAGCGACCAGCGGCGGGUGAGCAGCUCCGGGGGGCUGCAGAACGCGCAGUUCGGGAUCCGCCGCGACGGGACCCUGGUCACCGGGUACCUGUCGGAGGAGGAGGUCCUGGACACCGAGAAUCCAUUUGUGCAGCUGCUGAGCGGGGUCGUGUGGCUGAUUCGCAAUGGAAGCAUCUACAUUAACGAGAGCCAGGCCACCGAGUGCGAUGAGACGCAGGAGACAGGUUCCUUUAGCAAAUUUGUGAACGUGAUAUCAGCCAGGACGGCCGUGGGUCAUGACCGGAAGGGACAGCUGGUGCUCUUCCACGCAGAUGGCCAGACGGAGCAGCGUGGCAUCAAUCUAUGGGAGAUGGCGGAGUUCCUGCUGAAACAGGACGUCGUCAAUGCCAUCAACCUGGAUGGGGGUGGCUCUGCCACCUUCGUGCACAACGGGACCUUGGCCAGCUACCCGUCAGACCACUGCCAGGACAACAUGUGGCGCUGUCCCCGCCGUGUGACCACCGUAGUGUGUGUGCAUGAGCCCCGCUGCCAGCCGCCUGACUGCCACGGCCACGGCACCUGUGUGGAGGGGCGCUGCCACUGCACCGGGAGCUUCACCGGCCCCGGCUGCGGUGAGCUGGACUGCGGCCCCGCCAACUGCAGCCACCAUGGACUGUGCAUGGAAACUGGGUGCCACUGCGAUGCAGGAUGGACCGGGCCCAACUGCAGCGAAGAGUGUGCCCUUGGCUGGCACAGGCCAGGCUGCCAGAGGCCUUGUGAGUGUGAGCACCAGUGUCCCUGCGACCCCCAGACAGGCAACUGCAGCAUCUCUGGAGUGAAGCUAUGUCUCCAGCCAUCCGAGGCCACCCUGAGGACGGGUGAACUCUCCUUUUUCACCGGGACCACCUGGCUGGCCCUGACCCUGGCCCUGGUCUUCCUCCUGCUCAUCAGCACCGCGGCAAACCUGUCCCUGCUCCUCUCCAGAGUGGAGAGGAACCGGCACCUGGAUGGGGACUACGCGUACCACCCGCUGCAGGAGCUGAACUCGGAGGUCCCGGCUGCUGAGAAGGAGCAGCCCGGGGGCGCCCACAACCCCUUCAAGGACUGAAUCUGUUGAGUGACCUGUCCCAAAGGCUUGUCUGGCUUCUGCAGGGGAAGUUCCACGGUUGCUGGCCAGGAUCGCCUGAGCAACCCCAGCACUGCAGCCAACCUUCUACUGCACCUGUGCCUCGGCCCCUGCAGCCCAGCAAUACGGCGUUCCCUGGAGAGAGGCCGCCUCCUCGCCUGCCUGUGUCUGCUGCUCCAGAGGCCUGGGCCCUGGGAGGCCUGCGCUGCUGCCAAAGAGUCUCCCACCCCCCGGGGAAGGGGCUGCUGGGGAACCGAGCUCAGUGACCAAAUCAUAGCGAAGUGACAGAGCUCGGCCAGCAACCCCCCAGACCGGGUGGGCUAAAGGGAUGGUCUCUGCCUUCCUAGCUCAGGGGACCCUUUCUCUGCAGACCUUGUCACUGGAUUUGCCAGCUAGAAUUCAACUUCCUGUGGUAGGAAGCUCCUUAGAAGAAGGGAUGGGGGUGAUCAUGUUUACAGACCUGUUCUGUCAUCCUGCUGCCAAGAGAUUUUUCUAUCACUUGAAUAAAUUGAUAUAGUAAAAGGAG